UCGCUGCCGCCGUGGCCCCAGUGCAAGCCCGCCGCCACCGCAGCCGGAAUAUGUCGAAAGUUGAUGGAUGGGUAGCAACUCCAAAGGAACAAUGCUGGCACAUGUACCAUCUAAAGGAAGAAAUGGUUGCCAUAAACUGCCUUGUCUCCUCAUCUAAUUGAAUCUGAGCUAUUACAAUGAUGAGGCAGGGAAGAACAAGUACGAGACCAAGGCCUCUUGACUUUGGUGACCCAAGAACUCCGAUGGCUUGGCAGCAUAGGAAUCUCAACUACCAACACCAGAAUGUAUAUUCAGAUAACUCAGGGGCAGUUCAUUCAGCGAAAGAGGUAGCAGGAAUUUACCGUGAACCCAGUUUAGAUCCUUACACUCAAACUGCAGCAACACACAGUGCAUCAAAGGACUUACACUACAUGGUCCAGCCACAAAUGCAGUCAAAAUCUGUUCCUCCAAGCACAGAUAUAAGCUCAUCCAGCUCUUGCAGUGAUGAACCAGACACAGAAUCAUGCCAGAAGUACAGUGGAACUGUACCUGUGCAGCCAAUGGCAACAUGGGAUGGUGAACCAUGUCCUGUUCAUCACUGUCUGGGAGUGAUGUCUCCACUGCCAAUUGCUAUGCCUGUGCCUGUGCCACUGCCACUGCCACCCCCAGCAGUGCUGGUGCCCACUCCACAUGGGCCACAUCCCUUGAUGCUGCAAGCAGCCUCACCUGCACCAUCCCCUGCUCCCCUGCUUCCGCUGCCCGUACGAGAACAUUUGCCGGCGGUUCAGUUAGCACCUACAAAUAAAGCAGCUGUGAAUUCACAUAAGUGUGCAGGAAAAGCUAUUGUACUGUGGAUUGUGUUUGCUGUUGUGGUUGUUGGAAUAAUCUUAGCCAUUAUCUUGAAAUUUGUAAGGAUUUAGCACGGGAGCAAAACUGUUUGUUUCAAAGAUCUCAGAAUAGCAGGGAAUAAGUAGCUGAACUUCACAUCAUAGAUGGCUACUGGUUUACCUGAUAAAAAGAUAAGGUUAAGUAUUGACACAUACAUAAGAGUGAUUAAUACUGAGAGCUUUUAGGCAGAAGUGAAAAAGUGAUACUCGAGAAAGUAUGUUACGUUAUAGAGAAUGAGAUUAAUCAAAGCAAGUAGAUGUUUAACAAGUAUAAGAUUUAAUUUUCUCAUUGGAAUGCAUAUGUGACAGGAAGCUGUGGAAGACAUUAGGCUUGAUUUCUAUGCAACGUGGCAGGAAAACAAACUUCCAGGAUUUCUGUGUUUAUUAUCAGAAAAUGAACUCUUAAUUUAUUUGAAAAUAAGCUGUUUGUAUGAUAAGAAAAUGUAGGAAACAAGUCACAUUUUAGAGAACUUUUGUUUAUUACAUUAUGGACAUAUUCUUUUAAAACAUGAAGAUAAAUUAUAGUGAUAACUUUGUGCAACAAAACAAGAUAAUUGUUUAUGAAGUUAGACUUUAAUUCCAGUGUUAUAUGUCAUUUCUUGUGUAAUUAAAAGUAUUUCUGUUUUAAAUUGCAGUUUUGGCAUUAACUAAUAAAGAGACUGAGAAGAGAAUUUUUAUAAGGAUGUUCCAUAUCAUGUUUGUAUAUUUUGUUGGUAGUAAAUUAACAAAUGUAGGGUGUCCAUAAGAAGAAAGGCAAUGAGAAAUAAAUUGUGGUAUGAGGAGUCAUUACUGGAUACACCACAUUUGCCACACUGCUUUGUAUAUAAAUAACAUCCUGGUGUCUGUAUGUGUGUAAGAUCUUAGCAGUAGAGUCAGUUAUUUUACCUCUAGUACUGUAACACCAUUGCAGUCUUUAAAAUGGACAAUAUUUAUCUCAGGUGAUGUGAAAGAGUAAAAGAACUAAACAGUUAACUCCACUGAUACAGAAGUUUGUAGUAUUUUAGGAGUUCUAAGUAAAAAUGUGAAUUAACAUUAUCACACUUCGGUCCAACUUGAUUAAUUACAGUUUAUAUUCUUUUUACAAAAUUAGUACCAGAAAGCUGUGGAUAUCACUGUGUUUGAAUUUCUGUUGUCCAGGUGAUGAUAAGUAACACGCAUAUUUAUGUGCUGUUAUCUGCAGACAUACAAAAUGUAGAAGAGUGGUAGUGUUACUAUUUGUGGCAGUUAUUCUCCAUUGCAAAUUAAAUGCAUUUUCUUGCUGAUAAAAAUCUUCACUCAUAUUUUGCAGCUGACUUUUGCUUGAUAAUCAAACUUUUUCUUAUUUUGUUUUUGGUAUUACCAAUGGUUGAGAGAGAGAAAAGUUUUGCAUUUUUAAUUUAAUGGUUAUUCUGUAUUUCACAGCUUUAAAAUAUGUAGUUGUUUCCAUUGACUGUGGAAAACAAUAACUAGAAGUGAGAUCAUCUGUAAGAUUGGUGUUUAUAAGUACAAUAAGAAAAUAAAAGUCAUCUUUGGUGACAGUGAUUUUCUGGGAACUAGUUCAUGGUCUAAAACAUGUGCCCUUACUCAUCUUCUGCAACUGCCUUUUUUAAUUGCACAGUGCAGGUUUCCACAGCUGGUGUUUAGAUCUUUAGUGAUAUUGGUCUUCUAGGAAUCAGGCCAACAAAGAUAGAAACACCAGCUGUGAAUACCUGCAUUGUGUGAUCAAGUAAGUCAGUUGUCAAAGAUGAGUGAAGAAUUUUCAUCUGUAGCAAAAUUGUUGAAGAUACAUGAAGACAGGCAUUUGAUUUAUUAAACUGUGAUUUGCAUAUUUUAAUAAAGACCCAAUGAAGCAGUCACAAAAUGUACUUUAUUUCUUGAACCCUUUUAUUCUGUCAAUAAAAUACAGGUAGUUUACCCUGAUAACUGUUAGAGAGUAUGUAGGCAAGCAGUUUUAUUGGUGAUCUAUUUUCU